AUGGGAGAAUUAUCCAUUCCUAAAGAGUUACAAGGCACACUUGGUGCAACCAGUUCUUCUUCAGAAAUAUCUUCCCAUCUUGCUUUCGGCAUCGAGCUCAUCCUCACUUUCAUCUAUGUCUUUGUUGUGCUAUCAUCAUGGGAACUGAGAUUGCCUGAGAGUGGCUAUUACUGGCCCUGCUGUCGAGCCCUUGUCAUCGGUAUCACAUAUAGUAUGAACACUAUGUGGGGGUAUGCAUUUACUCAAGCAAGCAUGAAUCCAGCCCGAUCAUUAGCUGCUGCUGUAAUAACGAGCUUGGAUACAACAUUAUGGCUUGUCUUAUUAGAGGUCUAUGUGGCUGGCCCAGUACUAGGCGCUGUUUUGUCGGCCCUAAUUUACAAGUACAUCUUUGCAACAAUGGCGAUCCGAGACCGUAGGAGGCGUAAGAACGAGAGGGCUUUGAAUGGCGACUCAUCGGAAGAGGAAAACAUGGUCGUACUUCAGAACAUUCAAUCCCCAGUAGGGAGGAUCAAGGAUACAAGAGAUCUUUAGUUCUCCCGGGAGGAUUCCAUAUUAUCUGUUCUCUGACUCAUGAGGAGAAUGCAUACUGCAUAUCUUCUACGUGACCUACAGGAAAUGACUCCGUGAUCCUGUAACAUGGUCGUACUUUAGAACAUUCAGUCCCCGGUAGGGAGGAUCAAGGAUACAAGAGAUCUUUAGUUCUCCCGGGAGGAUUCCAUAUUGUCUGUUCUCUGACUCAUGAGGAGAAUGUUUACUCCAUAUCUUCUAGGUGACCUACAGGAAAUGACACCAUGAUCCUGUACAAACUCCACAUAGACAUUGUAGAAUGUAAUGUACAUCAUCCCAACUUCUGUUAAUUUGGUAUUCCAUUCAAGAUCUUUGAGACAAUUGUCCUGGAUCUGCUAGACCAGGUUCAAGAUUGGAAAUGGAAAUAAAUAUCGUGCCAAAGGGUUUUAAAUGAAGCACAUGAAGUACCGUUUAUACAUGGAGUACUUCUUUAAGAUCUGCAUAUAUUCUACAGGAGAAGCUUUCCAUACGAUCAUAAUAUACCAAUGAAGUGAGUGAUUACAGGUCAUUCAAAUGAUGGAGAAAGGAAUGUCAUCCUUGCUGGUCAUCAUCAUGGAGAAAUAUAUUUCAGUUCAAGGAAUCCUGUACUACAUGUACAUGUACAUCCAUGUUUGGUGAAACAAUGUCAUAAACGAUGUACUAAACUAUGAGUUGUUGAGAUAACUAUAUUUCAUGGUACUAAUCUUGAUUAUGCCAAGAUCUAGAGUCAUUUGGAAGAAUAUAUAUUCUGAGUCUGAUACAAAAAUAGAUGGAAACACAAAUCACUGUACAUUUGGUAAAUAAUAUUUAUCAAAUUCAAAUAUUUUCCAUUUGAAAAUUUCUCAUGAUAAGCUAGAGACUGUCAUGUUUCUUUAAUCAUGCUAUAAAGGGGAUUGGACAUUGAUAUUGAUUUCAGAGUACAAGAAAUAGAUUGAUAUAAGACAUGGAAAUAAUUUGAAUAUAGUGUUUUGUAUUUUCCAUUUGAACAUUCCUUAUCCAUUAUAUUUAUGUUCCCUCAUUUAUUCAUCAUUAAUUAAUAAUGAGCUGAAGAUUUUUAUAUUUCUUAUACGUACUUUACCAAAUACACUGUUACCAUGUUAAGCAUGCUUAUGGAUAGGUACUAAUAAAUUCAAGAGUACAAGAGUAGAUUGAUUAAAAAAAAAAUGGAAUAAUGAUAAUAAUUUGAAUAGAAAUGAAUUGUCAUUUGAUUUUGCUGUCCAUGUGAAUGUACAAUAUUUCAUCAUUCCUGUGGUACUAAUACAUAAACAUGUAAAAUAAUUUUUCUUUUAUCUCAUGUUAUUUAGCUACCUGUUUACGAAUUGUUAAUUAGAUUUUAAUAUUUUUUUUACUGUUUUUAUACCGGUAGGUAUAUUAUUUUUUGUAAAUUACUGGAAUCUAAAUUGCCAUCAUUAUGCUGUAAUGAUUCUUGUGAAGUCAUUUUCAUAAUUAUUUCUUAAUCCGAUUUUAAGUAAAAAUUGGUGUACUUGAAUAUUAGAUAUACUUAAUAGUGUGGUUCAAUGGCACAUGUACAUGUAUUUAUGCCGUUUUAAUUUCGACAAAGGCAUCACCACAGCCCACAAUGCCUUUGUUACAAUGUAACCAUUGCUUGCGUGGUGUGAUAACAAAAGGAAAUAAAUAGAACUCAACACAAGAUGGCAGCACACAGGAAUAUGAAGUAGCUUGGUUAGGUCAGUUUUGUGAGAGAAAUCCAUUCUACAAAAAUGGAAUGGACCAUGCUACUAACUCAAUUCCAAUCUAUCCUUUAAAUUUUCACUUUGUGAUCUGAGCCAGAAUAUAAAUGGGAAAAGAAAAAUUUGAUAAAAUGACUUUAGGAACUUAAUAGCUUGACAAUGUCUGGUAGAUAUUAAAGUUGGAAGACUUUCUGAAAUCAUCCCUUGUGGAUGAAAUGUACAACUGCAACACUUCAGUAUCAGUACUAGUGUUGAGAUCUACUUAUAAUAUCUACUUAACAAAAUAAUAAUUUGAAUUGAAUGUAAAAAAAACACAAAACUACUUUUGAUAUCAGAGAUUUUUAAUGUUUUUUAUAUUUACUUUUAAGAUCUACUCUAAAUUUUACUAGUUUUCUAUAUCAGAAAAAAAAUACAACUGAAACUACUUUUAAUGUUGAGAGUUUUCAUUUUUUUUACCUUUAAUAUCUACUUUUAAUUCACUACUGUUAAUGUCAGAGAAAUUACAACUGAAACUACUUUUAGUAUAUGAGAAAGGAUGUAGACUGGUUAACACACGCUAAAAAGAUUGAAAAUACAUGUAUCUGCAUGCCUCUGCUUACCAUUGGUGGUUGCUGGAGGCAUUACAUUUUCUGGUUGUCCAUCUGUCUUUGCCGUUUUUUUUUCUUUCUCGGGAUAACUGAAGAAAUUAUUGACAAUAUCUGAUUAGAUUGGGGCCCCAAGAUCAAAGGUCACACAUGUCGUUAUUGGGAAGUUUAGAAGUUAUGCCUGUAACAUAUUUUGGGUCUCGCAAAUAUGGAAGCAUAAAAUUUCAAUGUGUGCCGUUGAGAAUCAAUCUAGUCUUUUCUUUUUAUUGGAUCAACGAUUACUUUGUCACUUGUCAAAAUUGUUUUUUGUUGAGAUAAUGUUGAAUAUUGACUACCAACAUUGAACUUGUACACAAAUGAUAUGUUUUUGCAAAAAAUGUUUAACUAAAAUUAUAUUUCAUUGGUUUUAGCAGGUAAUUUUCAUGACAUUUUCCCAGAUAGAUAUUAGUUUUAGACCUUAUUCUGUACAGUAGGUGAUUUCAUGAUAUGAAAAGAGAGUGGUGACUGAAUUAUGAUUUAAUCAGAAAAAAAUGAAUACUUUCAAAUUUGUAACCAUUAACACUUUUCUUCAUAGUGAAAGUUGCAUUUCUCAUCAAUAUGGUUUUUAAUAUUACAUGUAGAUAUUAAAAACCGACUGCUAUAAUGAAUUUCUAAUUGAUAAAUUCCCUCACCUGAAGAUAACAAAACAUUUAUACUUUUGUGUAUCAUGGGGCUGUUGGAUUGUUUUGGUAACCUAUUUGGCUGCAUGAAGAGAAUGGGAUGGAUAAUUCUCAAAUAAUGUGUGUGAACAUGACAUCAAGGAUUGUAAGGUAUUGUGUGUUCUGAUACCAAACUACCUAUUUCUUAAUCUCAUUUAAACAAGGUAAUUUUAAUAUGUGUGAUGAUAGUUGUGUGUUUGUAAAUUCAUAAACUAUGCAAGCUGUACUUGCCAGGGAAGGCAAAUGUAAAAUACUUGUCUCCUGAAACUUGCCUUCAUUUUAUCUGUCACAUUUGUACAAAUUCUCUUUGUAUAGGUCAUACAUGUUUUAGAUUCAUUACCCACUAGAUUGAGGGGGUGCUUGCCCCCUUUACAAGCCAGGUAUAUUUCUGAACACUGUAAAUAGAACAGGUACUUUGAAGUCCUCAAACCUAACUUAGCUCUGCAAAAGCCAGGUGUGAAUCUUUGGUGAUGAUGUUUCAUUUUCAAUUUUUGAAAGUGAUUGCUUAAUUCUUAUUGCUAUAGCUCUUAAUGAACUUAAAAUUAUGCAUGCAUUUUACCGUUAUGUUUCCUUCUCUUCACCCUGUAUUUCUCCCCUCUAUCUUUCUCACUAUCUCGCCUCUCUUUCUCUAACCCAUGCCUUCGCCAUUCUUCUUCAAGGAGAACAAAAUCCUGGGAACAAGUUUGCUUGUAUGAACAAAAGAAAUCAAUGAAAGUUUGAUAAAAAUUGAACAAAAAAUAAGAAAGUUAUGAUCAUUAGAAUGUUUACAUCCCUAAUGAUGUGGACAACCUCCCCUUUGCAAUAUGACCAAAUGUCAGACUCGUAAAACUUUCCAAUAACUUUGAAUUUAAUUGCAACUUUUAUCAAGUCUAUCCAUAUAUCUUUUUUUCUCAUGGGAAGACAUGUUAUAGGGGUUCUAUAAAAUACUAUGGAGAUACCAUAGACUUCUCAGUUCUGUGACAUCACAAUGAGAGGAUCUCCAUAGCAGUAGUGAUUUUUACAUUCAAAAUACAAAUAACUCUGUUAUUGUUUGCCCAAAUAUUAGCAAACUUUCAUUCAUCUUAUGGGCUAUUCCACGGUUACGUUACAUUUGGAGACACCUUGACUCAUACUUGGAGCUGUAACUCCAUUAUUAUUGAUAGGAACUAAACAUCUCUUUAUCACAACAUAGUACGCAGUCUGACUAUCCUUUGUAUAAAAACAAAACUUGGGAAAUUUCAUUAUGCUCCUGGCAAAUCUUUGAAAUGUGUCGGUUACUCAUGUUACAUGAUUUGGACAUGCAUAAAAUGAAAAGUGGACAUAAGUGAAAAGUGUCCUCAUGCAAGGCUUUUAUGAAAGUUGAUUAUAUCCAUUUCAAAGAAGUAUAUUAGGGAGACAAAUUUGUAUAUAAUUAAAAAAAUAAAGAACACAUGGUUUUUACAAGGGGUGCAGAUAAAGUGGUUACUCACGUUACGGUUCAGAUGGGCUAUAUGUACAAAGACACAUUGAGCUCAUGCUCACCAACCUAUGGAAUUGCCCUUAUUCUUUGAUUUUUCUUUUUUUCAUACCAGCUAACUAAAUCCAAGGGUUUCAUUAUCCUUUAAUGUAAAAAAGCUGUUUCGUGUGUAUCAAUAGUGUACAGAUGGAACCAUAUCAUGUGUUACUGUAAAUUCAUUUGGACCAUUCCAAGAGAGAUGUCAACACUGUAUAUAUGUGUAUAUUUCAUUCUUAAUAACAUUAUUGUAAUAUAAUACAUUGAGUCACCAAGCAUAUCGCUCUGUUUUUAGAUGCUUUAAUUUUAUCAUUAUCAUGUAGUUGGUACUUAAUAUAUGAACAAUAUCAUACAAAUAAUGAACAUGUGUUGUGGCGAUGGCAAAGGUAUUUACAAUAUGCGACAAACGCGAAUCGAAACCCUUGUGCUGAUUGCAUCUAGUUUGUGCACCUAAGUACGUGUAAGUGCAUGAAAAUCCUUCCCAGAGCCUUUUCAUUGAAAUAACUCGUAUUUCAGAUGGUGUUUUAUGUGCUAUAAGGGAAAGAUGCAUCCAAAAUGUACAGUGUUGCACUUAAAAGUGCAUGGCUGAAAGUACAUGUGGUUGUUUAGAAAGCUGGUUUUUGUCUUUAGGGUAAUCAAUCCACACUGAGACUGAAUGUCCACUAAAUCUUGUUUUCAAAUGAAAAUCUUUAGAACAAAAUAUCUACUUGAUUUUCUUAAAGCAUUGAAUUCUCAUAUUCUGCAUGUACAUACAGUUGUAGAAUAUGAAUAUGAACUCCUAAACUUUUGCCAUUAUUAUGGUACUAUGCAUUAUGGCUAUUGGUUCUUGAGUAACUUAACACAAGUCAAACAUUCAUAUUCAAAUCUGCCUGGGGAAGCUUUCUUGAAGAGAAAUUUUUUACUUACAUGACUGAAAGAAAGUAGAAAUGAUGCAUGUAUGAAGUUCCUGUGGAUACAACAUCAUACUCGACACUAUUAUGCAAAGUUGAACUAAAGGUUGAAUGUAAGAUAGUAUCAUGUCCGAUUACACAAACUAUGCAACUGUGUAUGACUCUUACUUUGAGUUGAAAUCUACUUUUAUUUACACAUAUUGUACCAAAUAUGUAUAUGAAAUGCAUUUACAGCAUGAUGUGAACUCAUCAUACUUCCCAAAUGUUUUACAGAUAUGUUUGACUGAUUAGUGAUGAUAAUAAUGUUGAGAUAUAUCACAGAGGGAGAAUCUACAAUGAAAUGGUAGAAAUUAUGAAAAUAUCAAGUAUGAUUAAUCCUGAAAUUGAUUUACGAUACAUGUACCAUAUGUUGUGAUUUCCAUUAUAUUCUACCUCUUACGUGUUGAUAUCAUUGUCAAUUUCAUUUAGAUAUUAUUUUUGGUUGUGUUCAGGGAUUAUUUUCUGUGUUGAAUUUUUGUCCUGUUCCCCUGUCAAAAUAUGUGUACACUAAUUGUAUUUUUAUAAAUAUCAAACAAUACUUUUACAAUAUGUAUCAAAGUGAAUUGUUUGAUCAAUUAUAUACUGUCUCUGUUUUCCUCGCUCUCUUUCUCUAUUUUUCCCUUUCCUUGUUUAUAGUUCGUAUCUCCCUAUUUUAAUCCCAUCUUCCCCAAGUGGUUGACUUUUAUACAAUUUUUUUUUAGAGAAAGUACUGAUAUCUGUGAUCAAGUCUUCUAAAAGUUAUUAAUAUCCUUAUGUAUUAAAUCAUUUUAUUAUGAUAAUAUAAUGUAACAAUGUAUUGUGGUGUAAAUUAUACAAUGAAAUGUUUUGCUCUUCAUAUUUCAAUAUGAUAUUAUAUGAUGAUAACGUGCAGAGUGAUAUCUGUUCAUUUAUUCCCCCCCCCUUCUACCCCUACUGUCUCUUUCUCUCUCUAAAACUUGGAAUAGCCCAUCUUUUACUUUCUGUCUGUAAUAUACAAUCAGGCUUAACACUAUCUUGUUGGGACUUUUUAAAUAUUUCCUAAUCCUAUUUGAUAUGUGUACAUUUCUUAUCCAAAACUCCGUUUGAUAAUUUCUCAUAUUCCUCAUUAUCAUCCUUGUCUAACCAGAUCACUUUAUUGCUCCUUCUUUCUUUCUUUUUCUGUUUCUCUCUCUCUCUCUCUUGCUCUCCUUUCCUAUCUCAUCCUUCCCAGUUCCCUUUCCUGUCUCUUUGUUUCUUACAUGAUAGGUGUAGCUGCAAUAGAUUGGCUGAUUGUAUUCAAGUAUUAUAGUAAUAAUGUUGGAAAUAAUUAACUUUGUCAUUUUUAUAUGGUGUAUUAUGUAACAUUGAAACAAAUGAAAAUACAGGAAUACAAUCCUUAA